AGGGGCGGGCCUUGGCACGGAGGAAGUCGCCCACCGGGGGGCGCUGAGUCCCUGAGGCCGGCCUGGCCUCGCUGGAGACAGGAGAAGAGGCGCCUUCCCGCCCACCUGGGGGAGGAAGGGGAGACGGCACCGCGUGGAGGCAGCUGGAGUGCUGAGCUGCAGAAGGAGCAGGGAGAUGCCAGCAACUCCUGCUGCAGUUGGCUCCUCCUUUUCCUCAUGAUCAACCUAAGAGCGAACAGUGCACAGGAUAUGAAGGCACAGUGUGUUUCUCUCUGGCUCCUGGGCACCACACUUGUCCUGUGCUCUGUGCACACCACUGCUUUCAGGAGAUGCCCAGUUCCCGUGGACAUGCAUCUGCUAGAAGAGAGUUUCCAGGAAAUCAAAAGAACCGUGCAAACCAAGGACACCUUCCAAAACAUCACCAUCCUAUCCCCAGUGGAGACCCUGCGGAGCAUUAAGCCCGUGGAUGUGUGCUGUGUGACCAAGAACCUUCUGGAGUUCUACAUGGACAGGGUUUUCAAGGACCACCAGGAGCUAAAGCCUCAGAUCUUGAGAAAAAUCAGCGGCAUUGCCAACACUUUCCUCUACAUGCAGAAAACCCUGCAGCAAUGCCAGGUGCAGAGACGGUGCCACUGCAGUGAGGAGGCCACCAACGCCACCAGAACUGUCCAUGACAACUACGAGCAGCUCGAGAUCCCUUCUGCCGCCAUCAAGUCCCUGGGAGAGCUCGAUGUCUUUCUAGCGUGGAUCGACAGGAAUCGUCAGGAAACUUCCGCUGCCUGACACCAGGAGCCU